AAUAUUCAGUUCGAGAUUCGGUUUCUUCUGGUGAAUAUCAGUGCUUUCGGUUGAUUGGUCGUUCGUUGAUUACGAUUGUGAUUGUUCUGUGUGACAGACAAAUUGCUCCGUUCAAAAUGAAGAUUCUAGUGGUUUUGGUCUGCAUAGCCGUCGUAUCGGCUCGACCUGAAGCACCGAUCCAAGGAUACAACUAUGCACGACCGGCAGUGUUUCCCUCCGGUGCAGCAUCACAGGCGCAAUCGCAGAGCUUCGCGGUGUCCAGUUCGUUCCAGGCUGCAGCGGCUCCUCAGUAUCAUGCACCAAUUCCAGCACCAGCUCCUCAGUAUCAUGCACCAGCUCCACAGUACCAAGCGGCUCCAGCAAUCCAAUCGUCCGGUUUCGGAUCGGCUAUUUCUUCCUCCGGUGCCCAUGCUCAGUCAUUUGCUCCCCAGCAGACCGUCGUCCAGAAGCACAUCUAUGUUCACGUUCCGCCACAGGAGCCGGAGGAGCAGCGUUUCCACCAGGCAGUGAGCCAAGGAGUCGCUCGUAAACACUAUAAGAUCAUUUUCAUCAAGACACCGAACGUGCAACCUUCGGCAGCUCAGAUUGCUUUGCAACAGGCCCAACAGGAAGAGAAGACCAUCGUCUAUGUGCUGGUGAAGAAACCCGAGGAACAGGCCGAAAUCAACAUCCCACAAUUGGCUCCACUGCCACCGAGCAAACCGGAGGUGUACUUCAUCAAGUACAAGGCCAACCGAGAGCACGGUGGAGCUGGUGCAGCUUCCAGCGCUUUUGGUUCGGGAGCCGCCUUCGAUUCGUCGAUUGGAUCAUCAUCCGUUUCAUCCGGAGCGGUGUCGUCCGCUAGCAGUGGCAGUCUGCCGCACACGGAAUACGGUGCCCCCGGUGGACAUCCCGGAUACCAAUAAAGCCAAAUAAAUUCUCCUACACUAUACACACGGUAAACUCUGAACGACAACACAAAAACCCGCGAUACCUCUGUAGUUGCUUUAAAACUAGUCUAGUUUAGUGCGUGCACAUUUUUUUUUCAAUUCUGCAACCCUCGGUUAGACCCACCUACACCUACAAGUAUCCUUCUUUCAAACUAGCUUACUUUUAACACUAGUUCAGCAAAAGCAAAGUGACAUUUGGCAUUCGAACCAGCCUACCAUCUAGCGGCCAUUUCUCUUUUCUUAACGGUGACAAAAGAAAAAUGGCGCAUGGUAGGCUACCGGAAAAAAACUUCUCGGAGGUAGUCGGCACUGUCUCUUAGUGUAUCGUUAGUCUUUGUUUUAUUUUAUUUCAUCACUCCUUUUCAUAAACUCGAAAUCUCGGUUCGAAUGUCAGGCUAAGCGCGAAAGACUAAUAUAAUUUAAAACGAAAAAACUGACAAUAUUUUCGCUAUUAAAUUAUUAAACGAAUAAAUGAUAUAGGGAUAGAAACGAAGUUUUAGUUUAUAAGUUGUAUAGCUUAGCAGAAGAGAGAAACAAAUUGUUUUAUAUACUUAAGCUAAUUCAAUAAAAGAGAGAUUUUAGUAAGUAAAAUAAAAA